AUGACACCACCUGGACGUCUCUACCUCCCCCUCCUUCUGGGGCUGCUGCUGGCCCCGCCGCCGCCUGGGGCCCAGGGGCUCCCUGGGGCGGAGUUCCCGCCCUCAGCUGCCCGGAAUGCCCAGCAGCGCCUUCAGAAACAUUUCGGCCACAGCACCCUCAAACCUGCUGCGCACCUCGUUGGAGACCCCAGCACGCAGGACUCGCUGCGCUGGAGAGCGAACACGGAUCGGGCCUUCCUCCGCCACGGCUUCUCCCUGAGCAACAAUUCCCUGCUGGUGCCCAGCAGUGGGCUCUACUUCGUGUACUCGCAGGUGGUUUUCUCUGGGGAAGGCUGCUCCCCCAAGGCCGUGCCCAUGCCUCUCUACCUGGCUCACGAGGUCCAGCUCUUCUCCUCCCAGUACUCCUUCCAUGUGCCUCUCCUCAGCGCCCAGAAGUCCGUGUGCCCAGGACCGCAGGGACCCUGGGUGCGCUCUGUGUACCAGGGGGCCGUGUUCCUGCUCACCCAGGGAGACCAGCUGUCCACCCACACAGAUGGCAUCGCCCACCUGCUCCUCAGCCCCAGUAGUGUCUUCUUUGGAGCCUUUGCUCUGUAG